GGGAAAACAGGGUGAUGUGUGUGCUGUGAAUUCAAAGCUGGGUGGGUCUACAGUGUUUAACAUUCCCAAAUAACUCCCGGGCCGUGCGUUUAAGCGCUUUCAGUUUUCAGAAGGCCACAAUGUUGAUGCUGGCUGGAAUCGUUGUUCUGCACAUUACCACCAUCAUCCUGCUUCUGGUGGCCACCAUUGAUAAUGCCUGGGUGAUCAAUGACUCAAUGUCAGCUGGAUUGUGGGGCAAGUGGGAGUUGAAAACCAGCUCAGUCUGGCAUUACACCAACCUGAAAGACUACCCACAGGAAUAUCUCCAGACGGUGCAGGCCACCUCAGUGCUGGCCUGUAUUUUUGCCAUCCUGGCCUUGUUUGUGUUUGUGGCUCAGCUGUUCACCCUGCCCAAAGGCCAGAGGUUCACCUUCACUGGCGUUUUACAACUAAUUGCCUGCCUGUGUAUAAUGAUAGCAGCCUCGAUUUACACGGCUGAGCUUCAAAUCAAAGAACAAGGAGGGUACGGACAUUCCUAUGUCCUGGCCUGGAUCUCUUUUGUCUUCACCUUACUCUUAGCAGUUACCUACCUCAUCCUGCGGAAGAAGAGUGAGUGAGAGGAUAAGAGGAAUGUGGGCAGGGCUGGGAUCAUUUUUCUUUGGAUAUGGGAAAUUAAAGAAUGGGAUUUGCCUCAAAAUUUGUAAAAACCUGAAGACGGUUGAUCAACAUCUGUAGCUAGGAAAAUGGGGAGUCGUAUUCAAUCACUAACAAGAGCCAUUUGUUUUUCUAUUUGAAUGUUAUGAAUGGAAAUAGAUCUCAUGCUAACAUUACAUGAAGGGCUGAACUUUAUGUGAACAAUUUUUAGUCUUAAAAUUUCCAUUUGAUUAAAGUGAGAAGAGGACAGAGCAAUAUUUUAUAAAGGGGUAGGGCAGUAUGAGGUACAAAAUGAUGAUUGCCAUUAUGAGGAUGCAACCCCUAAAAAAACAUUUCAUAUCAUUAUGACCAUGAAAAAAUUAAGAAAACAAUUAUUUCCAAUGUCUUUUAAAGGUAAUUUCAUACAAGUUUGAAGAACUCAGUCCACGGCCAGUAGUUUGACAUUUUGAUAAAUACUCUUACUCGCUUUCUUGGCAAGAAUAAUGGAGAGGAUGAGAGGAUCAAUACCACACUGAACACUCAGCCAGCACGUUAGCUUAGCUUAGCACAAAGACUGGAAACAGGGGAAAAUGAGUAGCUGUGCUCUGUCUAAGGGCAACACUGCCAACUGACACCUUUAAGAUCCAUUAUUUUUUGAGCUUUUAAUGAAGACGCCAUUUUAUUUGCUUGAAGUGUACACAUUGUGGUUUUACUGGGUUGCUAUGAGCAGAACUAUUAAUGCAAUUUUAGAACUGGUCAUGAUGGGUAGUUUAGUUGGCUUUGGAGAGAGCCAGGCUAGCUGUUACCCCCUUUUUUCAGUUUCUAUGCCAAGCUAAACUAGCGUUCUUCAUAUUUACCAUACAGACAUGACAGUGGUAUUGAUUCUCUCAUCUAAGGCUCAACAAAAAAGCGAGUAAGCAUAUAUCCCAAAAUGUCACACUACUGCUUUUGGAAUCUUAACAUAGUUGGUGUGAGAAGGGUAAUGCCCUUGUUAAAAGCCCUUUUGAGAUGUAGUAGUUGAAUAUAUUUUGUAAGACUAAAGUACUUAUCAUCCUGUAUAAUCGUAUUGUGAGGCUGACAGCUACUACUGCAGGUUUCCAGAGUCGAGAAAAAAAAAAAAAAUACUGUAUCUGAGAAGGUACGGCAUGUUGUUAAAA